AUGGCAUUAGGAACUGUGGAGAGCAGCAGAAAGUCCGUGAGGAGACAGAUGCUCGGGGAAGUAUCAGACUGGGGUUUGAAGGGAAGGAAGCAGCAUGCCCCUGCUGCUGGUCGAGGAAGCGGCAGAAAAGGACACGUUCGGAGAAAGCGCCAGAAAGGAUGUGAGUCUGGGUCCUGCUUUCAAGUGGUGGCUGGUGAUGCUGGCUGGGAAUCUGGGGGCCUGGAGGUUCCCUGCUCCCGAGACCAGUACUGUCUCCCCCAAGUGGGCCCUGACCCGCAAGGGACUCGAGGUAAGGCACCCUCUGCUUUGUGCGCAGGGAGGAGGAAGGUGCACUACCUGUUCUCAGACGGCAGGGAGAUGGCGGAGGAAUACGACGAGAGGACCAGUGAGCUCCUUGUGAGGAAGUGGCGUGUGAGAAAUGCCCUGGGAGCCCUGGGCCCAUGGCAGCUUGAAGUGGGAGAGCCAGCACCCUUGGGGACCCGGGGCCCAGGGCCCGAACUCAUCACGGAGAGCAGUGCCAACCCCAUCUUCGUGCGCAAGGACACUAAGGUGAGCUUCCAGUGGCGGAUUCGAAACCUGCCUUACCCCGAGAAUGUCUACAGUGUCUGUGUGGACCAGAAGGAGCGCCGCGUCAUUGUCCGGACGACCAACAGAAAGUACUACAAGAAGUUCUCUAUCCCUGACCUGGACAGACACCAGCUUCCCCUGGACGGCGCCUCCCUGACCUUUGCCCACGCCAACGGCACCCUCAUCAUCUCCUACCGGAAGCCGAGGGAGGUUGUGGAGGCCGAGGCAGAGCUGCAGAAGGAGCUGCGGAAGGUGAAGACGGCCCCCGGCGGCCACGGGGACUGCACGACCCAGUAGCGGCCCGGCCUGGCGCCUGUGCCAGCCUCUCCCCCUGAGCUGCCCAGUCCAGAGGGCUGGACCUCGGCCUUUGGCUGCGGGGCGGUGGUGGUCUCGUUUCGGGAGUAAAGUCUUUCUGAGCUGCUGA